AUGACCGAGCAGAGUCAAGCACUACAAGAUUGUCCUAGAAUUGUGCAGCAAUCAAGGCAAACAUUACAAAAUUCGAUGGUUUCACAGAAAAGAUGGCCAAUUAAUGAUAAAAUGGCAAUGGAUUUACAUUUUGCUAUAGGAGAGAUGAUCGCUGUUGAUAAUCAGCCAUAUAGUGUAGUGGAGAAUAUCGGUUUCCGUAGAAUGCUGGCUAAGGCGCAACCUAAGAGUGAAGAUGAAGAUAUUCAAGAUAUACAAGCACAGAUUGAAGAAACUGUUUCGACUUUUUCAACUGUAGAUGAAAAUUCGAAAUCUGUACAUGAAACUGAGGGCUCUGACUCUGAUCAAGAUGAAAUACCACUAAGCCUUUUACUGCCCUCUCCCCAAAAGAAAUUAAAAUCCAACUUGAACAAGUCCGUUUGGGAUAGCUUCUCAGAUAUGGUGGCUGCAUCUUCAGCAAGUACAUCUGGACAAACAAAAAAUUAA